CUAACGGCAAGCAAGGGGCACUGUCGCAAAACAUUUUUUUUAAAAGCACCGUACCGGUUGACGGCAGAGUGUGCCCCUGCAACAUGGCCGCCUCACUGUUGUGUCGUGAGACGCAAAGCAGGGUGAGCUCAGUCCUAAACAGAGACGUAAGGCAGUAUGGGAAGAAGUACAUGUUUGACAGCAAUGAAGAGACAUGCUGGAAUUCAGACCAGGGUGAACGUCAGUGGUUGAUUUUGGACUUCCCCCAGCCGAUUAUGGUGUCUGAGUUAAACGUUCAGUUUCAGGGUGGCUUUUCAGCUAAAACAUGCAGACUGGAAGGUUGUUUAAAAGGUGGCGAGUUUACAGUGAUGAGUCAUUUUUACCCAGAAGACAACAACUGUCUACAGACCCACUGCUUUCCCAUACAGGAGGCCCCCGCUGUGGACAAAGUAAAAAUACUGUUUGAGAACAGUGCCGACUUUUUUGGAAGAAUCAUUAUUUAUUCUUUGGAUAUCCUGGGGGAGAAAGCCACAUGACCAUAGUUUUUCGGCUCACCAGUGAGCAGAAGAGAAAAUGCAGCCUUUGUGAAAUAUCCUGGAAAUUGGAUGUCUGACUACGUUCCUCCACCUCCUGAACGGAAUUUGAGUCAAGAUCGAGUGCGCCACUUACCUGUAACCACCAGGGGCGCUGUACUGUAGAUUCAGUCUCAAAUAGUUAUGUGGAGGAAAAUCAUCAUUCCAGUGGAAAACUCCAUAUAAAAAUACAUUUAUUUAAAAAUGUCAUUGCUGGUGUAGCACUAUUGCUGUACAGUUGCCAAGUAUAGAACAUUUUUCUUACGCUGCCUUGUAAAACAAGCAUUUUGUACAUCUGUUUGUUUAUACCUACAAUAGCGGUUUAUUUUAGCGCUGUGCUGGCUUGUAGAGUCUCAAGAUGUGGGCCUCUAACACCUUCUGAACUGGGACACACACAAAAAACAAGCUUAAGAGCAACACAGCAAUAAAAAGGGUUCAGAUGAUAA